GAUUGGCUAGUCGAGGCGGAAUAAAUAAACUUGAAUAUUGUAUUUUAAAGUGUCUCAAUUCAUUUAAGAUUUCUAAAUUAAAUAAUAUUUCCUCCCGCACCUGUGUCGUGAAUGUAAAAAAAAUAAUAGGUUGAUUUCAAGAAGUAAUUUGGCAUCAAUGUUUGUUUGCAAAACAAAGUAAAGUCACAUUGCAAUGUGUGACAUUAAACUAGACUACGAAGAUCCAGAAAUAUGUCGUGGCUGUCUCAGCUCAGACAGGAAGCUUGCUCCUGUGGCUUCGGGCGACCUGUACUUUUCUCUUUUGACAGAAGACCAAAAACUGGAAGCAUUAACCAUACCGCAGAUAGCUCUGUGUUGGGAGUGUAUGGCUCUGCUGAACAGGACGCGCAGGUUUCAGGCGCAAGUUCAAAACUCACACACAAUUUUGCAAGAAUGCUUACAACUUUCACCAACAAAACCUACUCUUUCUUCACUUACGGUCCAUCACAAAUUUGAAUAUGACGCUGUUCUUGAAGAAGGCAAACCAUCUGAACAACCAUUAGUUUUCGAUGAACCAACUAUAAAGGAUGAUAAAAUAAAAGUUAUCAUACCCACAAAAUACAAAACUACAGUUACAACAAACAAUGUAGAAAAUGUUAAAAGUUUCAAAUAUGUUAUAAAUGAUCUUUUAAAGAAUGUUAAAAUUGAUAAAGAUGCUGAUACUGAACAUCCCAGUAAUGACAGCGAUGAUGGUAAAGAUGAUGAGAAUUUUGAAACUGAUGAUAGAAAUUAUAGUUUAUCUGACGAAAUGUCAGAUAGCGAAGAUGAUUCUCUAAACAAAAUACCAAAAGCUGCUAAGAAUACUAAGAAUAGUUUACCAAUAGUAAAACCAAAACAAAAUGAUGUAACCAUUACAAAAAAAGUCACUAAACCCCGAAAAGUGGACACAAAGAAAAUAGAAGUUCCUUUGAUUAAAACUCCUGCAAUGCUAAAAUUGGAAAUGGAGUUAAAAAAGCACAUGAGUAUCAUAAAGGUUGCACCAAAGGAGGCAUCAAUAAACUCGCAAAGGAAAUGUGAUGAAAAAAAAGUGAUUGAUGAUAAAAAUAUUCGUAAAUCAGAUCCUGAUGAAGACGAGCCAAAAAGAAAAAAACAAAAACAGUCAGAGUUAGAUCCAGAUUUUAAUGUAGAGGAUGAUGAAGAUUCUGCUACUGAUGAUAGUGAAGAAUUUAAACCAAUUGGCAUAAAAAAUGUCUGUGUAGACGAUGACAAAACAGAGAAACAACGUAAAUUUAGGAAAACAAUUACACAUUAUAAAAAUAUGGCACAGGUUUCCUCGUAUUUUACAGAAAUUGAAAUGAGUGAACAAGAAAUAAGGAGCGCAUUAGAAAAAGAUGAUACAAUCGUUAGAGAAAAGAAACCUCUAAAAUGUAGCAUAUGUGGAUUGAUGUUUAGGCACAGAAGAGCCUUAACGCGACACGGGUUGGCUUAUCAUAAAAACAAAUAUCCUGGCGAAUACAAAAAAGGAUGUUGGUACAAUCCACCACCAGUUUAUCCUGAGAAGUAUCUCUGGCGCUGCUACGUUUGCGCCAGAAUGAUGCGGAGGGAGCACAUAGUCGCUCAUAUGGAUACGUACCACAGGACUCAGUAUUUCUGCAAUGGAGAUGGGUGUGAAUGGUGUGUGAGGCCUUUUUGGGAAAAGGAAGAUUUUGACCAGCACUGGGAAGAUAUUCAUAAGCAGGUUAUAUGUGACUACUGUGAAAAAUACAAGAAGAACAAAAAUAGCCUGGAGAAGCAUAUGCAAAAAUCCCACGCCACGCUAGUGAAAUACGUCAUCCCUCAAUGCAAGAAGUGCUUAAAGACGUAUUCCUCGCGCAAAGCUUUGAAGCAUCACAUAUUAUACAUACACGAGAAGUAUGAGGCACGUAAAUUUUAUAGAAAUGGAACGAUUACUUCCGCUAAAGUCAAUAAAUAA